AUGAGACUCUUUCUCCAUGUCCUGGUUGGUGUCGCUCUGGCUUUCGCCCAGCAAUGGCCUCUGCACGACAAUGGCCUGAAUGAAGUCGUCCAAUGGGACCACUAUUCACUGAUCAUCGACGGACAGCGAUUGUUCAUGUGGUCUGGAGAGAUUCAUUACUGGCGUGUUCCUGUCCCCGAACUGUGGAUCGACAUCCUACAGAAGAUCAAAGCUGCUGGCUUCAACCCUGUUGGUCUAUACGCCCAUUGGGGAUGGCAUAGUGCCGCACCCGAUCAUCUGGACUUCGAGACAGGCGCGCACAACUUCAGCCGAAUCUUCGAUAUUGCGAAAGACCUCGGGCUAUACAUCUUGUUCAGGCCCGGACCUUAUAUCAACGCGGAAACGAACGCAGGAGGCUUUCCGGGAUGGUUGCUGACCGGCGACUAUGGCUCCACAAGGAACAACGACUCACGCUACACCGAUGCGUGGCACCCAUACUUCGACACCAUCUCACGGAUGGUAGCAGACCACAGUGUGACGAACGGCGGGAACGUCAUUCUGUAUCAGAUCGAGAACGAGUAUGGUCAGCAAUGGUUAGAUAUCGACGACCGUACACCGAAUGAGACGGCGAUCCACUACAUGGAAUUGUUGGAGGCUGCGGCAAGAGACAAUGGCAUCAAUAUGCCGACUAUAGCCAAUGCGCCUAAUCUCAGAGUCAAGAGCUGGUCCUCCGACUAUGAUAUCAACAACGAGGGCGGCAACACUGACAUAUACACCGUGGAUAACUAUCCAAGUUGCUGGAGUUGCAAUCUUGCCGAGUGUAGGAGUGUCAAUGGAGUCAAUCCGAACUUCACAACAUUCGACUACUAUACACACUUCCAGGAGACUGCUCCGACGCACCCAUCUAUACUCGCAGAGUUUCAGGGUGGCAGCUACAAUCCCUGGGGCGGACCACAAGGUGGAUGCAUUGAAACCACUGGCCCGAAUUGGGUGAAUGUCUUCUACCGGAACAACAUUGGACAAAAGGUGGCAGGCGUCAAUCUUUACAUGCUGUUUGGGGGAACAUCGUGGGGUGGCCUCCCAAUGCCAACUGUCGGCACAUCUUACGACUACUCGGCGCCCAUCUCUGAGAGUCGGAUGGUUGGAGACAAGUACUCGGAGACGAAGUUGCUCAGCUACUUCUUACGAGCUGCUCAUGAUCUGACGAAGCUCGAGAAAGCUGGCAAUGGUACAACCAACUUCACCGGCAAUGCUAAUGUCUUUGCGCAAGCUCUGCAGAAUGUGGACACCGGAUCGCACUUCUAUGUCGUCAUGCACACGAAUACUACGCUCGAGACCCGAGAGACCUUCACGCUGAACAUUACAACGUCGAUUGGACCUCUGACAGUACCUCAAUAUGGCCCAGAUGCUGUCAUCAACGGCAGGGAAGCCAAGAUCCUCGUGGCAGACUUCAUGGCCGGUGAGCAGCGCAUCAUAUACUCUACUGCAGAGGUCAUGGCCGUUUCGGUGCAAGAUGAGAAGCCCGUCGUUGUCUUCUGGGUCCCGACUGGCGAAAGCGGUGAGUUCCAGCUCGAAGGCGUCACAUCCGGAUCUGUAGCUUACUGCGAUGGGUGCUCGAAUGUCGCCUUCCAUGGCGAUGACUCCAGAGGUAUCACAGUCGGCUUUGCCCAGCAAACCGGCAUGACGGUACUGACCUUCGACAACGGAUUCAAGGCUGUCAUCGUGGACCGCAGUGUUGCAUACACAUUGUGGCAGCCCAUGCUUUCUAACAGCCCACAUGCACCGCUUGAGGAAAGUGUGUUGGUCGUCGGUCCGCACCUGGUCAGGACUGCAGCACUUUCUGAUGGUACCUUGACACUGGCAGGUGACUACAGUGGCACCACUGCAUUGGAAGUGUUCGCAGCUGGUGCAACCAGCAUCGUCUUCAACGGUCAGGAGAUCACAACGUCUAAGACAGACUACGGCAGCCUAGUCGGCACGUUAGAAGCGGACAUCGAUCAUCCAAAACUGGACAUCUCCUUGACCAAUUGGAGUGUUCAAGACGGCCUGCCUGAGCGUAUGCUGGACUACGACGACUCCGGAGCGGGCUGGAGAGCUGCGGACAAGAACACCACGUCGAACCCGAGACAACCGGACACACUUCCCGUGCUGUAUGGCGACGAAUAUGGCUUUCAUGCCCAGAACCUGCUUUGGCGUGGGAGGUUCUCUGACAACGGAACCGCCAGAGGUGUCUUUCUUAACGUCAUCGGCGGCUCGUCAAGUGGAUGGUCGGCGUGGCUUAAUGGCCAAUACCUUGGCUCUGCAUUGGGCAACACUUCGCUGUCAACAACAAACGACACUCUGACGUUUGGCGAUGCUCUGGUCAGCGGUGAGAAUAUCCUCUUGGUCCUACAAGACAACAUGGGCCACGAUCAGACAACAGGCGUGCUCAACCCUCGCGGCAUACUGAACGCAACACUGUUGGGAGGUAACAGCUUUACGUCCUGGCGCGUUGCUGGCAAGGCCGGUGGCCAGGAUAACAUUGAUCCGGUUCGUGGUGCUUACAACGAAGGAGGUCUUCACGCAGAGCGACUUGGAUGGCAUCUGCCUGGCUUUGACGAUAGCGAGUGGGUGACAGGAUCGCCUCAAGAAGGUCUGGACAGUGCUGGCGUAACAUUCUACAGGACUACGCUGCCCAUAGACAUGCCCAAGGAUCACGACAUUAGUCUGGCAUUCAACCUGGCAGCUGCAGACGACGCCAAGCUUCGGGCACAGCUUUACGUGAAUGGCUACAUGUUUGGCAAAUUCGUCCCACACAUUGGGAAUCAGAUCGAGUUUCCAGUGUUUCCUGGUAUUCUCAACUACAAUGGCGACAACACGAUCGGUCUUGGUUUGUGGUCGCAAAGCCAGGACGGCGCUGCCGUGAAUGUUUCUGUGAGUAUGUUGGGCUCAUACAGAUCCAGCUUUGAUACGACUUUCGACGCCGCGUAUUUACAGCCAGGUUGGACAGAGGAACGUUUACAAUACUACUAA